AUGGCUUCCGGAAGACUCGUGAAGCUGUUGGUUUUUGAGCUGCUUGAGCUUGCUGCUUUCUCUGUCCCCACGCUGGUGAUAAUGGAACAGUUUGCUGAUGCCUACCAAAGCACAAGUGGUACACCCGACAAAACGCAUUAUUGGCUGAUUGUUUCCUGUUCCAUCGCCUACGUAUCUUCAGUGACUCUUUUGAUUUGGGUUCCCGUGAAAGUUCUCUUGUACAGGAAACGUCAUCUUUACCAAAAAAUCAAAGGAUGGAGACCUGUUAUGAUGAUGUGUGUAGUCCUCACCACGCUUCCCAGCUUCAGCUUUUCUAUAGCAGUGACCAAGGUUCAAAAGAAUAUUAAUGGUUCCACUGAUAUCUUACCGAAUACGUUACCUGACCUGCCAGUCUCUUUGGUUCUGACCUGCUUGAUCGUGGUUGAUAUUAUUGAGAAACUCAGGACAUAUCCUCUUAGAGGGAGGCAAAAGAGUAACGAAGACAGGCACAUCCACAUGACCAGUUUGUGGCAAAUAAAAACUGUUACGCUUGAAUUGAGGCAAAAUGAAGAAAACCUGACACCUUCGCAGCCAGCCGGGAGCACCCGCCUGCCGCGGCUGCCAGGAGCCACCACAGGGGGCUCCACUCCUGAGCUGGAGGGACCCCAGGAGCCCACCUUCGAGCAGGGAGUCCUGAGAACGAUGUCACAGCGGGACGUGCGCUCUGAGAUCUUCCUCUGGAGCUUUCUGCUGUGGUCCGACACCAUAGAGAUGGUGCGGGUGGCCGGGCACCACGACGUGUACAAGUCAGGCUGGGUCUACCCCGUCUACAUCUUCAGUUUCAUUUCUCUUCUUCGAAUGAUACUGACUCCCCAGAACCCGCUUCUGAAUUCCCUGGGCAUCGUGCUCCAGGAUCUACCCUUUAUCUUUGUUAGACUUAGUUUAAUCAUUGUCCUGGGAACGAUCACACCCGUCUUGGGCCUUUGUAAAAAUGUACUCGUGACUCUCUCUUAUGUUUACUUCAAUCACUUAACCAAAUUCAGGAUUUUCUCUACCUUUGAGACAUCUUUUUAACAAGGAAAUGUCCCAUAGUCAAACCUCUUUGUUACGCACAUGUGCGCAUUUGUAAUCUUUUUUG